GUUCCUGGCCAUCGCAACCCCAUCCCUCCGAGGUUCUCCGCCACGCUUAUUAUAUCACGCACCGUCGAAUCGAAAUUGCUGUGUUUGUGCACGUGUGGUGAGCUUCAAAGGGAAUGGCGUUCCGAGCUGCGGCGGUGGCGAGGCCUCCUCCUCCUCCUCCUUCUCCUUCUUCUUCUUCUUCUUCUUCGACCAAGCCCAAUCCCCGGGCGCUGCGUAGGGCAUCUUCUUCUUCUCCACCUCGCUCCCACGCUUCCCCCGCGGCGCUCUCCCUCGUCGCCCUCUUCGCCACUUCCGCUUCCUACUCCGAGGCCAAGGCUCUCGCCUUCUCCAAAGAGAGCAUCGUCGAUUCCCUCACUAAGGUGGAGAGCACAAUUGACCAGGUUGAGGAUGUGGGUUCCAAAGUUGUGGACUUCACCCUGAACAUAUUUAAGGUCUUGAGUGAUACACUGAAGCCAGGGGUCGACGCCGCGCUUCCGGUCCUCAAAAGUGCUGGCGAGGAAGCGCUUAAGAUUGCUUUGCCGGUCGUUUCAGAUGCUUCUAAGCUGGCCAAGGAGGCUCUUCAGAGUGCUGGUGUUGAUCCCAGCCCUGUUUUGUCUGCUGCCAAGACAGUUGCAGAUGCUGCGAAGCAGAGCACAAAGGUCAUAGAAGGCGCAAAGCCUAUUGCCUCUGCCACUGUUGAGACAAUUGCAUCAUCGGAUCCUUCGGUGAUUGUUGUAUCAGCUGGAGCUUUAUUUCUUGCGUAUCUUCUCCUUCCGCCAAUUUGGUCAGCAGUUUCUUUCAAUCUUCGGGGUUAUAAAGGCGAUCUCAGCCCUGCUCAAUCUCUUGACCUUAUUUGUUCGCAAAACUAUCUUAUGAUCGAUAUACGGUCGGAGAAAGAUAAGAGUAAAGCUGGAGUACCUCGGCUCCCCUCUAGUGCCAAGAGCAAGAUGAUCUCUGUGCCUUUGGAGGAACUACCUAGCAAGAUAAAAGGCUUGGUGAGGAAUGUGAAGAAAGUUGAGGCAGAAAUAGUCGCAGUAAAGAUUUCGUACCUCAAGAGAGUCAACAAGGGUUCUAACAUCGUACUAAUGGACUCGUAUUCUGAUACGGCGAAAACUGUUGCGAGGGCGCUAACUGGUCUUGGCUUCAAGAACUGUUGGGUCAUGAAGGGUGGCUUCUCUGGGGGAAAUGGAUGGUUGCGAAGCGGACUAGGGACGGACUCGUACAAUUUGUCGCUCGUCGAGGUUUUGUCACCUUCAAGAGUUAUCCCAGCGGCCGCUGCGCGGUUCGGUACCACAAGCUCGACUGCUUUCCAGUCAAACAGGAAGCUUCUUCCGGGGAGUGCUGAUUAGUUUAUAUAUAUUUUUUCUACCGCAGCUCUUGUUGUAAUCAGUAAUUUGUAACUUUGAGAUAGAUUCGUCGUCAGUUUAUACAAUAUGCCGUUUCUUUGUGUCAUCAGUUGUAGUGUUGUAUGUGAAAUUAUUCAUUUCAUUUUACUCGGACCACAUAGUUGCCAUGGGUUCGCAUUCUCUUAAAAUGGAAAAGGAUAAUAUUUAGUGGCUUGUAAAAUUGAAAUUUAUUA